CCUUUAUUUCUUUAUUUAUGCCACCGCGCCUGUGUUACUGCCGCCGCCGCUGUUGCCGUGGCCCGACUGGCUCGGCCGGCCGUCUUCUUCGUGUCUUGCCGCUGCCGCCCGGGCCGCGCUUUGCGAGGCAGAGAACAUGGCGGAGUAGCGUUGAGGAGGAAGGCGACCACAGAGAAAGAAGAGACGGUGCGGUGUGCGGUGUUGUGUGUGUUCGACGAUACCCUGUCGUCGCUUCAAACAUCAUCAUCAACAACAUCAUCGUCGUCGGGGGAGAAGAGCCAUCGACGAGGGCAGCGCUCGCGAGAUAAAGAAGCCGAAGUCUGACGCCGCCAACGCCGCCGUCAGCGGCGGCCUCUUGGCUCGCUCGUGGAGCUUUCGAGAGCAGAAAGUUGACGGACGUCGACUCACCGACUACGAGUCUUAAGAAGACGGGGGAAGAAGUUUAAGGCUGGACGUUAGCUGCAGGAGACACUGGCUUGCGAGUACUAUGCGCGAGUGGGACGGGGCUCUGGCACGCCAGACAGCGGGGAGCGAGCAGCGGAGAUACCCCGUCCACCCGAGGGGACAGCACAGCGAGCCCAGCACCCUCGCCCGUGCGCCGGCAACGCAGCCCGUGGCGCCACCCUGCAUGUGGCCACAAACGGCGCACGUGUGUAGUUAACUUCGUCAGCUUUUUGUUUUUUCUACACUUGUUUCCAUCCUCAUCCCCCAGCUCCUCCUCUUCAUCGUCGUUUUUUUUAUAGUUGUCUUCUCGUUAGCGCGUUCUCCAAAUUUGCGUAAUUUCUUCCGUUGAAGGAGGAUCGACACCGUCCCAAGUGGGGUGGGGUGGUGGGGGAGCUGCUUUGAGCGGCCGUGCUUCUGGAAGACGAUCGUUUGUGCAGGAGAGGAGUCGCGCAAGUUUUGUAGGUUUCUUCUCUGUCGGGUUUAUUUUUUUGGUUGCGCGAACCAACAACACUUGCAUUGUUCAAAGGCACUUGGACGCAGAUUGUAACAGAGACGGCACAAUGUCCAACGAAGGCUUCAAGUACAGGGCCCUGUACGCCUACCGCCGGGAGCGCAACGAGGACAUCGACCUGCUGCCCGGCGACGUCCUCGUUGUCACCAAGGCCUCGCUGCUGGCCCUCAACUUCACCAAGGAAGGCGCCGAGCGCUUCCCGCAGAUGAUCGGCUGGAUUUCGGGCGUCAACGAGCGCACCAAAGAGCACGGAGAAUUCCCCGGCACCUACGUGGAGUACCUGAGCCCCGUGAAGAUGGCGCCGCCGACCCCCAAGCCUCGCCCGUCACGACCCCUGCCACAAGCGCCACCGUCUGUCGCGUCCGGCGGUGUGGAGCAGGGGGCCGCUGCUGCAGAUCCCAACGCCUACGUGUGUCAAGACCUCAUGGAACAGUUUGGCCCUACGGAAAGGGCCCCUCCCAUAUUGGUCAAGCUGGUGGAGUCGAUCGAACGUGGAGGUCUGGACUGCGAGGGGGUCUACCGCCACCCACUGGGCUCCCAGGGCGGCAUGGAGCUCCUGCAGUCCCUGGAAACCGACCUUAGUGCGGUGGACGUGGACCAGGUGGAUGUGAACGCCGUGGGCGACGCACUGAAGUGCUACCUGCAGGAGCUGCCCAACCCACUUGUGCCCACCUCCGUCAGCGACGUCAUCUUCAAAACGACAGAGGCGUUCAACGCGAACGAUUGCGCGGAGAUGGUGCGGAGCCUGCUGGAGGGAGGUGGCGGCGGCGGCGGCGGCGUGGACGUUCCGAUCCAGCACGGCCUGGCCCUGCGGUACUUGCUCCGCCACCUGGCGCGGGCUUGCCACGCGGCGCGCGGGCGCAUCACCCAACGUGCGCUCGCCCAGAGCCUCGGCCCGCUCAUCUUCCGCGCCAGCGACGAGUCCAAGGCCGACCAUCCGGCUCGCAUCCUGGAGGCCCUCAUCCGGUCAUGUGAACACGAGGAGACACCAGCUGCUCCAGCGCUCCCUCCGAAGCCGCCAAAGACUCCAGCACCGCUGCCAAACAGCAACGGCAUCAAGGAGACGAGCAGCACUUUGCUACAGGACGCCGAGUGGUACUGGGGCGACAUCUCCAGGGAGGAGGUGAACGAGAAACUGCGGAACACUCCCGAUGGCACUUACCUGGUGCGAGAUGCCUCCACCAAAAUGCAGGGCGACUAUACGCUAACGCUCAGAAAGGGCGGCAACAAUAAGCUAAUCAAAAUAUUUCACCGCGACUCCAAGUACGGCUUCUCGGAGCCGCUCACGUUCAACUCCGUCGUGGAGCUCAUCACCCACUACAGGCACGAGUCGCUGGCGCAGUACAACCCCAAGCUCGACGUGAAGCUGCAAUACCCGGUCUCCAAGUCACAGCAGGACCAGGUGGUGAAGGAGGACAACAUAGAUGCGGUUGGCAAGAAGCUCCAGGAGCUGCACAAAGACUACCAGGACAAAAGCCACGAUUACGACAAGCUCUACGAGGAGUACACUCGCACCUCGCAGGAGAUCCAGAUGAAGAGGACGGCAAUCGAGGCGUUCAACGAGACGAUCAAGAUAUUUGAGGAGCAGCGGCACACGCAGGAGCGCUACACCAAGGAGUACAUCGAGCGCUUCAAGAGGGAGGGCAACGAGAAGGAGAUCGAGAGGAUCAUGCUCAACUACGAGAAGCUGCAGUCUCGGCUGAGCGAGAUCCGGGACAGCAAACUCCGGCUCGAGCAGGACCUCAAGAAGCAAGCGACUGAGAACCGAGAGAUCGACAAGCUGAUGAACAGCAUCAAACCGGACCUAAUCCAGCUCAGAAAGAUCCGCGACCAGUACCUAAUGUGGCUCACGCACAAAGGAGUGCGGCAGAAGAAAAUCAACGAGUGGCUCGGCAUCAAGAACGACAACACAGAAGACAGCCCAUACUCGAUCAUCGACGAGGAGGAGAACCUGCCCCAUCAGGAUGAGAAGAGCUGGUACGUGCCCGACAUCAACCGCGAGAAGGCCGAGGAUAUGCUCAGGGACCGAGCCAACGGCACCUUCCUGAUCCGCAAGAGCAGCAAGCACGGCUUCUAUGCCUGUUCCGUCGUCGUGGAUGGCGAGGUGAAGCACUGCAUGAUCUUCAGCACGUCCACCGGCUACGGCUUUGCCGAGCCCUACAACCUGUACGGCUCGCUGCGUGAACUCGUCCUGCACUACCAACAGACCUCGCUCGUGCAGCACAACGACUCGCUGAACGUCACGCUAGCGCACCCCGUGCACUCUCAACCCUCGCAGCAGCCUACGGCGGUGCGCAGGUGAAAAGUUCGUGCGCUGGAUUUUUUGAGAAAAAAAGAGGGUCGUGCCGACCCACCGGAUGAUCUAUUUGCCCCACGCGACAGGACCCCCCUUCCCCGAGUAAGCCAGCGAGUGUUUUUUUUCCGAAAUGACACGCCUGUACAUAGUUACUUUUGCUUUGUUGAUAAUUAUUUUCAUUUUUUUAGUUGUUUUUUUUAUAAUCGUACAAUUCUUUUUUUUUUUGCACAAGCAAGCGAAACACAGAAGAAAGGCUUUGAAAGACAGGCGAAACAUUUAUUGGCGUUGGGAAUUUUGAUUCCCCUUUCGGAAGAUCGCGGCUGAGAGUCGGUCGGGCUCGUUUUGUCGUGGGACCUAAAACGACGUUUGUAAGACGCGCACCGUGAUGCGAGAAAGAGAGAAACCGUAACGGUAACGUUAAAGCAAAACCAACGUACGCAUUUCUCUCUGUCUGGAACCCUUCCCGUCGUGGUAAGCGUGCGACUUAAAACAAUUGGAUUGUUCCAGAUGCCUUGCCUAUGGUGCUACAAUCCUGUCUUACAACCUGUGUCUGGGCUUUGUGAACACUCUGCAGGGUGAUUAGGACUGGCACUAGCAAGUGGACAAGCAAAAGCAGGAUAAAAAAAAAAGGCAACGAUAUAAUAUCUCAUGUAGCUCUUUUUACUACUAAAAUAAAAAAAAUGAAACUUAAAAAACGGGCCACUUGCAUUAUAUUUUUUUCUGCGUCUCAACAUCGAUUCAGAGAGCACUUGUGCAUCCAGUGGAGCCCACACGGAGAAGUUUUGACUGAAACAGACGCAUUUAUUGUGAAAUGUUUGUCUGGGAUGGCGGAGAUGGAUGUGGGGUGUGGAGAGGGUCAGACAUUUUUUUCUCGGUUAUAGUUUAUUUGCGUCGUUAUUUUUGGUUUUCUUGUAAUGACAAACCUGACGUACUGUAGCUAUGAGCAGUGUUUGAAUUCUCGAUAGAAUUAAACGAGAGAGAAGCGCGUUUUAGACGGUACUCUGGCAGAGCUGGGUUGAUGAACUCAUUGUAAAUAUUUUUCAGAUGUUCCCGUUUUUUUUGUUGUGCCGACAGCUUUCGGCAUUCUUUUAAACCUCUUCUCCUUUUCUGACCUUCGCUCCCCCCCCACAGACAGCCCUAAAACCCGCAUGUACGUGUAAGAAGCCUGCUGCGUUUGUCGUUAUGAGGACUUUUCUUUUGUCGUCGUCGUCGUCGUUUUUUUAUUGGUAUAUUUUUUCAAAUUUUGUUGUUUUUUUUUUUUAUAAACUGAUCAAGAGACGUUAGAGUAGAACUCAACAGUAUUUGUUUAAAAGUUUUGCGUGUGCCAGUGCUACGGGAAAACCCCGCGUACGCGAAAUGCUCCUUUCUUAGGCGACACGUAACUUGCUCUUCAGCUCUGAGCUCGGUGCUAGAUUCGCUAGCCUUAAAUACUCAUCUAGUGUGCAAUGACUGAGUGCGAUCGUUUUUUUAGUCUUGGUUCGUGUUCACGUUUUGGAGGAGUUUGGGACGUUUAAAAGACCGAACUUUAACUCUUUGCGUUAGGGGGGAGGUUUGGCCAUUGUGUAUAUUUUUUUUCCUGCCAAACUCUAACUUCAAGCAAAACAUUUCAAGUUAUGAUUGAGUUCUUGUUGAAAUGUGACUUUUGCAAGAAGUUAAGUGGUGCUUACCUUGGCUCUUAGGUAUUUUCGUAUGUUGAUGUUUUUUUUUAUUUGUUGUCAUUGUUUAUUUUGUUCAAUUCCAAAACUCCUUCAAUGGCCAUUCUCAGCCUUAAAGAUAAGGAGUCUUGGAACAGUGAAGUUGAACCAUAUCACUUUAACCUUUAAUACGUUAACCUUUGCUUUAUUUUUUUUUGUUAUUAGUGCACUCUUCUCUGUUCUGGUGCGUCUGUUGAUUUUGAGAAAAAGAAAUAAUAUAAGGUAAAAACAGAAAUCUAAAAAGAGAUGAACUUGUGGCAGCGAUGAUGACAACGGCGGAGGAGAUGAUAAGAACAACAAAAGCGAAAGUGUUAGCCGCGACUUUGCGACUUCCUGGAUGCCGUGCGUCACCCCAAAAAGAAAAACGGCACCCGCUUUUAGCAAACGGGCGCCCCCCGUAGCCACUCGGCCACACAGAACCUGUUCCAAAGACAUGAAGGAUCUGCUUGCUUUCGCACCCAGCGCUUACAAAAAAGGAUCAUUGGUGCACAGCCAUUGGCAAGGUGAUUUACGGCAAAGGAUUAAAGAAGACGGCGAUUUUAAUAUUGAUACUUGCACAGGUGACAUCGGCACAGAGAGAGAGAGAGGGUGCAAGGGAAAGAGAUUGGGUUGGGGUGGGAGGGGGGGUGGGUGUUAGGGAGUAGCGAGGGUGUGCGGAGGUGGGAUGGGAGGGAGCAGGGAUGGGUCGUGCAGUUGUACAUCGUGUUCACAGCAACUGUUAAACUGGCACAUGGCACACGCGCACGCACGCACACACGCGCACGCACUCACGGACCCAACGCUUUGAAUGUGUUCUGUCUCCCACUGCGAGGCAGGCGAAAAAUCUGGAAUGUACCUUGGGGGGGGGGGGGGGGGGGGAUGAUUAAAGACUUUCUGUUUUUUUUAUUUGUUUAAUAUAAGAUUUGUAAAAAAUUAAAAUAUAAAAAAAUCCUAAAAAACAAAAAAAAGAAACAAAAAAGUUAAAAACAAAAAGCAGAGCAUUAUGGGGCAAUCAGAAAUAUAAGAUAUUAGCAAUACUGUGACUUUGCAUGAACGCUCUUGCAUCUAUUCAUUUUUUUUGUAUUGUAGCAGAAAACAUUGUUUUGUCUUUCCCCGUUCUGAGUCUUGCGGGUGAUUAAAGUUGUUUUUUUUUUGUUGGCAGUGUAAAAGCCUCUCUUGAAACGCACUCGCUUACGUUUAGCAGAUGUACUGGACCUCAAGGCUGAUGUUUCCGGACUGUUUGGAUCUUAAUCAGUUUUGUAAACAUUAAAAAAAACAAUUUUAACCACAUCAAAGUUUUAUUUUUAAGCGAACUUUACUGGAGAUUAAUUUGUCCUCAACAUUAGAGCAAAGUUAGUUUUUGUAAUUUAUGUUUUGAUGGUACAGUGAUUCCAAAAUAUUACCCCAUUGAAACUAAUUAAAUUUGUCUUGGGUUCAUAGCACCUCAAAGUUAUCUAUGAUUAUAAUAAAAAAAAGGCAUUACAAUUUGAAAUAAAUAUACCCAGCAUUUCAGAAUGUAACCUAAACGACUGCUAAUACAUUUCACGACAAACUCUCAACCGCAUUGCCACAGUGGCUCUGCGCCCUACGCGCCUAUUUGCCGGUGUCAGCCAAAUGUUGCGGCAGCGUCUGGCGGGCAACUGCCAGCGAUAUCCAGUACAUCUUUUGCUUUUUACCUGCGGACCUCUGGCCACCGGGAUAAAAAAUUCGCUAGAUUCACAGUUACUUUUAUGUUGUUAUUUUUUUUCUCUCAUUCAUUUGAUGCAAUCACGGCUUAAAGAGGUGGUGUGGGCCAGGCAGGUUCAACCAAUUUACGCGUGACAUUUUUUUCCCCAACUGCGUAAAAAUGACCGGGGCUAAAAAAAACCGAGACCACGUUCGCUUCCCAGUGCCGCGACUGUGGCGUGUUUUUUUGUAAAGCCGCUCGUAGGUGGACGGGUCGAAACACAAGGCCCCCCCCCCCUCCCAAAGGCGCAGUAAGCAUUAUGAUGUUGCAGACGUGCACUCCUAAUUACGCCAAGCUUAUUUGACGAUGAGGCUACUGCUAUGCCUCCUCUGUCGUUUGGACCGAGGAGUUAGGGGUAGACCUAGCCGAAGCUCUAGCCCUUCGCCCCCCCCCCCCCUCCCCAUGUUUUCCCAUAUUUAGCCUUUCAAAUAGAAUAUUGAGGCGCUUGAAUCCUUGGUAAAUGAGGAGCCGGGAUGAACGAGGAGCGUGUUCACGCGCUGUGGAGCAGAAGGAACGGCCCAGCUGCUUGCACCCGUCUCACACUUGGCUCCCACGCACUUGCCUGUGUCCACAGUGCCGUUAACAGGACGUAUCGGGCUCGUGCCGUUCUUAAUCGGGAUGUUUCUUUUUAAUUAACAUUAAUGAACGUUAGUAAAAUAACAUACAAAAAAUAUAUAUAUAAAACGUCGUGAUAAACAAGCGCGUUAAGUCAACGGAUACAACUUUAUCCGCGGCCUGAAAACGCUCGCGUUUUUUGGGGCGGGGGCGGGGGGGCGUAGGUGUUGGACGGGAUGCGAAAUUAAAUGUAAUUUUUGACGACGACAACUGACACCUCAAUCGGCGCGUUGAGAGCAAGCAUCGAGCAUUUUUUGCGAUUUGUUCAUUGGAGCCUCGCCCAUACGUCCUGUUAAACUGAACGCUUGCUCAUAUCGGUCAAAAACAAAAGAGGGGCUGGCUGCCAUUGAGUUAUUACUGAGACUGCAAGGGCAUGAGUGAGGCGGGUUCCUUUUGAAGUCGCGGUCUCCUAGGUGUAAUUUUCUUUUCGUUGCCUUGUGCGAGAAAGGCAAUGCGCUUGUGUGCAAAGUUCACGCUUUUGUGUACAGUGCAAAGAACAGCUGUGGCUGCAGUGCUCUGCAAAACAAAGUCCAUCUGUAUUGCUCGAUUACUUGAUUUUUUGCUUUUAAUAAAUGGUACGUUGUUAAAUAGAUAACAUUUUUUUCAGACGAUUUUUUGUUUCUUUUUGUCCUCUUCUUACGUUUUGCUCUUUAAAGUAAAAAAAAAUCCUAUAGCUGUGCACUAGACCAGCUCUGGAUUGAUUUCAAUUUUACUUUUCUCGUUACAAAUUUAAAUGCCGCCUCCGCUUUCGGAACCCUGUAUCGCACCUCAGCAGGUAUACAGCAUCACUAAAAAAAAACUGGCAUUAAUGGCUCGUUCUGUUUUUGUGAUGUAGAGGUUGCAAGACUGUUUAAAAAAUUAUAUUUAAGAGAGCGCGUGUGACUUCAUGCAUACCAUUUUCUUUAUACGUUUACUGUUGCUUUCCCUUCUCGUGAUGCUGUUGUGCUCUAACCGUUACAUGAUAUAAUAAUUGUCUAUACCUGCUUAAACAACAAUAAAGACUACAAUAUUUUGUUCAUUUACAGAA